AUGUCGGAGUCGAGUCCGCUCCUCCGCCAGGAGUCGGAUGGGCAUCGCUCUCUCCAAGACCGGAUCGUCAACAUCUUCCGCACUACAAGUAGCCAGAGGCCCGCCUCAGGGCUCGAUUACGGUGACGAUGGACUGCAGGGUACCCAAGGGCUUGGAAUUACCACCUCGAGUGAGCCAAACGCGAGAGCCCGCCUCUUAGAGUCCUAUCAUCAGUCGGAUCCGGUGUGCGGUGAACGACGCUGUAGCCAUGGGACCUUCUCCCCCCGGCCGGAUGGUCCAGAUGGCGCAGUAAGACAAGAAUCCUCAGCUACUUCCAGCAUUCACUUUGGAUACAAUGGCAAUGCGGACACGCGUGCAGCCUCUGGCCACUCUCACGGUGGGGAUGACCCACCAGGGUCACGUCCAGAUUCUGACUACACAUCGCAAAUGAAGUCGUCUCUUUCGGCCCUUUCCAUGAACGAGGAUAAGAAACUGUAUCUGUCCUAUUAUAUCCCCUUUUUCAAUUGGAUACAACAGUAUCGAUGGUCGUUUCUUCGUGGAGACUUGAUUGCUGCUCUGACGGUCUCCUCCAUCUACAUCCCAAUGGCCUUGUCAUUGGCCUCCAAUCUCGCCCAUGCACCUCCGGUCAACGGUCUUUAUUCUUUUGUGAUCCACCCCUUUGUUUAUGCGAUCCUGGGGAGCUGCCCACUUUUAGUUGUUGGGCCGGAGGCCGCCGGAUCAUUACUCACGGGCGCUAUAGUCAAGGCCAGUGUGCCUAGUGGGCAUUCUGGAGAAGAUGACCUUAUGGAAAGUGCUAUUAUUAUUGGAAUAUCAACCGCAAUGACCGGCUCUAUGAUUCUGGUUGCUGGAAUCACUCGACUCGGUUUCCUCGACAACGUGCUGAGCCGGCCUUUCCUCAGAGGGUUUAUCACUGCUAUUGGUUUUGUGAUCUUCGUGGACCAGCUGAUCCCCGAAUUGGGCCUUGCAGAACUGGCUAAGGAAGCUGGAGCUAGCCACGGCACCACAGUGGAAAAGUUGGCAUUCAUUGCUCGCAAUGCUGGGAGUAGCCAUGGACUCACGGCUGCAGUGGCUCUUGUCAGUUUUGCCAUCAUUAUGUUCUUCCGAACGCUUAAAAAGUGGUUGAUGCCUCGCUUCCCUCAAGUGAUAUACUUCCCCGACCGCUUCCUAGUCGUCGUUUUCUCAGCAAUCCUGGCCUAUACCCUUGACUGGGAGGACAAAGGUCUCGAACUUCUUGGACAUACUGAAAUCAGCUCCAGCCAGCUGUUUGCCUUCAAUUGGCCCUUCCGAUUAAGCAACAUGAAGUAUAUCCGCACAGCUAUGAGCAAAGCCUUUAUCAUUACCCUCCUGGGCUUUUUUGAGUCCUCCAUCGCGGCCAAGGGUCUAGGUGAUAGUAAGCCCGAUGGUAUCCAGGGCAUGCACAUGAGCGCGAACCGAGAGAUGGUGGCGCUAGGAGUCGCCAAUCUGCUCGGUGGUUGUUUCAUGUCCCUCCCAGCAUUUGGUGGAUAUGGUCGAAGCAAGGUCAACGCUCAGACCGGUGCGCGAACUCCUAUGAGUAGUAUCUUUCUGAGUAUCAUCACACUCAUUUGCAUCCUGGUGCUGCUACCAUACCUCUACUAUCUUCCGAAAGCCGUUCUCUGCUCCAUGAUUUCAGUUGUGGCUUAUACCCUCGUGGAAGAGUGCCCACACGAUGUGAUCUUCUUCCUCCGGCUUCGCGGAUGGAACGAACUAGUUCUCAUGCUCCUGAUCUUCACUGCAACGAUCUUCUACUCCCUCGAGCUAGGGAUGGCCCUCGGAAUUGGCCUCUCCGUGAUCAUCCUCAUCCGCCACGCCACCAAGCCCCGUAUCCAGAUUCUCGGUAAAGUUCCGGGCCCUAUGCCCCGCUUCGAAAAUGCCGAGCUUCAACCCGAGAACGUGGAGCUUAUCGAGGGCGCUCUAAUUGUCAAGAUUCCCGAACCUCUCACCUUCGCCAAUACGGGCGAUCUCAAGAGCCGUCUCCGUCGGUUGGAACUCUACGGCUCGAGCAGAACCCAUCCGUCUCGUCCUCGUAUGCGUCCGGCGGAGUACAACAAAAACAUUAUCUUCGACGUGCAUGGCGUUACGAGCAUCGAUGGCUCAGGAACGCAAGUUCUCUAUGAGAUCGUACGUGCAUACGCGGAGCAGGGUGUGAGGGUCUUCUUCUGCCGACUACCGAAUUCUAAUGUGUUCCGCAUGUUCAAGCGAAGCGGCAUUGUCGAACAGUGUGGGGGCCUGUCCCAUUUUGUGCCCCAUGUUGAGGAGGCCCUGCGAUUGGCUGAAACCGAAGAACAGACAGAAAUCUGA